AUGCUCCACUGCAGCAACGGUUCAGCAGCAGCUGCUGCAGCAACAGCAACUGCAACAGCAGCAACUGCAGCAGCAACAACUGCAACAGCAGCAACUGCAGCAGCAGCAGCCCUCGCUUCUCCAGUAUGGGGGGGACGCAUCUGCUGCCGCAUCCUGAGGCCUUUGGGGGGCAGCCCCCAACGCCUUAUGCUGCAUACAGCCAGCCAGUAUCGCAGCAGCAGCAGCAGCAGCAGCAGCAGCAGGAACUGCAGCAGGGAGCCCCCAACGCCUUAUGCUGCAUACAGCCAGCCAGUAUCGCAGCAGCAGCAGCAGCAGCAGCAGCAGGAACUGCAGCAGGAACUGCAGCAUCAAUACCCGUACCAGCAAGAACAGCAGCAGCAGCAACAGCAGCAGCAGCAGCAGCACCAGCAGCAUCUGUAUGAGGAGCAACAAAACAACCCCUACCAUCGCAACGAGCACAUGCAGCAGCAUCAGCCACAUCACCAAGAACAGCAGCAGCAGCAACAGCAGCAGCAGCAGCAGCACCAGCAGCAUCUGUAUGAGGAGCAACAGAACAACCCCUACCAUCGCAACGAGCACAUGGAGCAGCAUCAGCCACAUCAUCUGCAGCAGCAGCAGCCUCACCAGCAGCAGCAGCAGCUGCAGCAGCAGCAGCUGCACCACCUGCAGCAGCAGCAGCCGCACCACCUGCAGCAGCAGCAGCAGCCGCACCACAUGCAGCAGCAGCAGCAGCAGCAGCCGCACCACCUGCAGCAGCAGCAGCAGCAGCAGCCACACCACCUGCAGCAGCAGCAGCAGCAGCAGCAGCAGCAGCAUGGGGGUGUAAGCGAGUGUCUGUCUCCCCUGAAUUUAUCUUAUCUCAGCCAGAGAGGAGCAGCAGCAGCCUUUCAGAAGCGGCAGCAGCAGCACCACGCACACAUCUGCGGCAGCGAGGCUCUUGCUGCUGCUGGCAGCACGGACGUGAGCCCAGCACCAACAGCAGCAGCAGCAGAUGCAGCAGCAGCAGCAGCAGCAGCAGCAGCAGCAGCAGCAGCACGCAGCUGCGGAGAGUUUCCUCAUCAGGCCUCUUCUUCUGUCUCUACUCCUCGGGGAUCAGACUGCAGCAGAAACAGCAGCAGCAGCAGCAGCAGCAACUACAGCAGCAGCAGCAGCGCAUACGGCAGCUGCUACAGCAUGGCUAGAGGCAGCAGCAGCAGCAGCAGCAGCAGCAGCAGCAGCAGGAACUGCUGCUCCUCCUUUCAGCCUAGAGAAGACCGCCGCAGCAGCCGCACCAAAUUGCUGGACUCUCUCCGCAGCACGGGGGCUGUGCUGCCGCUGACAGACAGCAGCAGCAGCAGCAGCAGCAGCAGCAGCAGCAGCAGCAGCAGCAGUGCAGCGCAGCAAGAGCAGCAAGCUGAAGCUGCCUUUCCUCUCAAUCUUAUGGGGAAAAAAACAGAGCCCAGGAGACACCACGUCGGUACGAUGAGGCAGCAGCAGCAGCAGCAACAGCAGCAGCAGCAGCAGCAGCAGCAGCUGUAG